CUUCAAAUGCCCAAUGCAGCUCCGCCGUUUUGCCCUGCAAAGCUUCUUUGAAAGCUCAAGAAACGCCGGCACCGGACAGGAGCUCUGUUUCACCCAUUCAUGGAGUAUCUGAAAUGGUUGUUGGGGUUCUGGGAGGAGGACAACUUGGCCGUAUGUUGUGUCAAGCAGCAUCGGAGAUGGCCAUCAAAGUUAUUGUCUUGGACCCAAUGAAGGAUUGUCCUGCAAGUUUGUUGGCUCAUCAUCAUGUGGUUGGGAGCUAUGAUGAUAGUGCCACUGUUGAAGAAUUUGGAAAAAGGUUUGAUUUGCACCAUUUCUGCUUUGUGGGUAUAUUGAAUUUACUCUUUCUUUUGGUUUCUUACUAAUGAAUUUGGGUUUUGAGUUACGUGUGAUGUGUUGACGAUUGAAAUUGAGCAUGUUGAUGCUGCCACAAUUGAAAAGUUGGAGCAGCUAGGGGUGGACUGUGAGCCUAAAGCCUCAACAAUCCGGAUAAUCCAGGACAAAUAUCUUCAAAAGGUCCACUUUUCUAAAUCUGCCAUUCCGCUUCCUAAGGUUAUGCAGAUAGAUAAUCUUGAAAGUGCUAAAAGAGCAGGUGACCUCUUUGGCUAUCCACUUAUGGUCAAGAGCAGGAGGCUUGCCUAUGAUGGGCGUGGCAAUGCUGUAGCUAAAAGUGAAGAAGAUCUUUCUUCUGCAGUAAAUGCUCUUGGAGGAUGUGAUCGGGGUUUAUAUGUUGAAAAGUGGGCCCCAUUUGUGAAGGAGCUUUCUGUCAUUGUGGCCAGAGGAAGGGAUGGCUCUAUCCUUUGUUAUCCCGUUGUUGAGACAAUUCAUAGGGAAAACAUUUGUCACAUUGUGAAGUCACCAGCUAAUGUGUCAUGGAAGGUUAUGAAACUUGCAACUGAUGUUGCAUGCAAAGCUGUUGGUUCAUUAGCAGGUGCUGGUGUUUUUGCUGUUGAGCUGUUUUUGACAGAUGAUGAUCAGAUUUUACUUAAUGAAGUGGCUCCAAGACCUCAUAAUAGUGGACAUCAUACUAUUGAGUCUUGCUUUACUUCGCAAUUUGAGCAACACUUACGAGCUGUGGUAGGGCUGCCACUCGGUGACCCGUCAAUGAAAACACCUGCUGCCAUCAUGUACAAUAUAUUAGGUGAAGAUGAGGGAGAACCAGGCUUUGCUUUAGCUAAUCAGCUUAUUGGAAGGGCAUUAGAAAUACCAGGAGCAUCUAUUCAUUGGUAUGACAAACCAGAAAUGCGAAAACAAAGAAAGGUGGGUCACAUUACUUUCGUUGGACCCUCAAUGGGCAUUGUGGAAGCACGGCUAAGAUCUGCACUCAGAGAAAAUAUCAUGGAUAGCCAGCCUUCUGGAUCUGUUGCACCAUGUGUUGGAAUCAUAAUGGGGUCUGAUUCAGAUCUUCCUGUUAUGAAGGAUGCUGCAAAGAUAUUGAGAGAGUUUGAUGUGCCUACUGAGGUAAAAAUAGUAUCCGCCCAUCGGACCCCUGAAACGAUGUAUUCCUAUGCUGUGUCUGCUGUAGAACGAGGCAUCCAGGUAAUAAUUGCUGGUGCUGGGGGUGCAGCCCACUUGCCUGGCAUGGUUGCUGCAUUGACUCCAUUACCAGUUAUUGGAGUUCCAGUACGAGCUUCUGCUCUAGAUGGAAUGGACUCUCUAUUAUCCAUUGUUCAGAUGCCAAGAGGUGUCCCAGUUGCAACCGUAGCCAUAAACAAUGCAACAAAUGCAGGUCUGCUGGCAGUGAAAUUAUUAGGGAUCAGCGACACGAGCCUGCAAGCAAGAAUGGCUCAAUAUCAAGAAGACAGACGAGACGAGGUCUUGGUCAAAGCAGAGAGGCUAGAAAAAGGCGGCUGGGAAGAUUACCUAAAUUCUUAGCGCAGAUUAUACCACAACCCCUUUCCAGAUUCAAUUAUGAGGAUCACAGAAGGCCAAAAGAGAUGCCUUUCAAAAUAGGUCCUGAUAGUUAGGAAACAUGGAAAAAAACCUUGGGGGCAUUUUCAUGGGUUUAGGAGUAGGGAAUCACAACCAAUCCCAUUCCCACUUAAAACCCAUUGAUUUGAUUCCUGUCUGAAGUGGGGUUUUAUCUCCAUUUGAUUCAAACAUGUUUUUUUUUUUUUGGUGGAAUGAUUCAAACAUGUUACAUAUAUAUACUUGAUGAACAGAUAUCUCAUUUUCUCUCGAGAAAUAAUGGAAAAUUGAAAUCCACUUGAGAAGGCAAAUCUUUGCAUGUACUAACUAAAUAAUUAUACAAGUUUUAUCAAUAACGUGUUAGAUUA